AUGUCAGAACCCCCAGCAGUUGCUUGGACCAAAGAUCCGAAGGACCAGAAUGACCUGAAGGAGCUGAGGGAGCAAGUGGAGGCGAUCCUCAAGUCCAAGCUGAGAGAGUCCGAUUUUCUGGAACGACAGAGCUACUUCGAACUGCUGCAGUCUGUUGGCGUCCCAUCACAUGAGGCUGAUGUCUUCCUGAAGGAGUACCCAGAAGGCUCGUGGAUACGUGUGAAAGACUUCUUGGAUUUCCUCUUCGCCUGCCCGGAGGCAGCUGAAGCGGCCGAUGCACUCUCCCAGAAUGGCUCGGCGAUCGGAGGUGUGGCGCCACGAGGCGCUCAAAACUGCUCAGGUUUCACUCAUGCCGCGUUGAUGCUGCGUGAUGUGGAUGAGCAGAGAGGAAGUCAGGAGCAAUUGGACAGCAUCCGCACCAAGAAUGACGAGUUGUCAAAGCAACUUCAGGAGGCACAAAGACAAGUGCAGGCUGGAGAGGCAGAGAAGGAGCAACUGAAGAAGCAGUUGGAAAAUGCAAAGCGCGAGGCCAAAGACAAGGAGGCGCAAAUCGAACAGCUAAAGAAUGAACUCCAGGAAGCGCAGCAGAAGGCAGAGUCAAGAACUACUGGACAAGAGGAGCAGCGGACCGAAGCCGAGACCGGCGCCUCCGAAGCCGAGGUGCCUAAAGUUUCCAAGGCCAGUCUGAAAGAUUAUUUUGAGAAAAACUACAAGCAAGGCCGUUUGUUCGAUCAUGAAGAGUACCGGCAUGACCCGAAAGACUGGUGCUGGGUCCACACCGGACUGGAUGUGAAGGUCUGGCAGGAUGCCCUUGACUUGACUCAAGCCGACGAUGCCAGCGAUGUGCAAUGUUUGUUCCACUACACCAACGAGCUUGGCUUUAAAAAUAUUACGGAUUUGAGGAAGACGGCAGUGGAACUCUUCGCUUCUCUGAUAACAACCGGUGAGAAGGCCAACGCUUGGUGGGGGGCAGGAGUUUACUCCGUACAGAAGCCCCCAGAUGAGUGGCCCAAUCUCGAAAGACUGCUAGAUAACAACUAUAGGAGGAUGCUCAAGCGCGACAUUGACUUGAAGGGUCGUGAGGCAGCUGUGAAGGAAUACAGAUCCCGGGUGUCCUUCUGCAUCCCCAUCCUCGUCAACGCAUCCAUGGCCUAUGAUGUGUCGAAGAGACGAACGCCUGAAAUGGUCAAGCAGGGAAAGCCCGUUGGUGUGAAUUUAGCUGGAAUGCCGCUCAACGAAGAUGGUAUGCCGCCUCGACAGUGUUUCGUCAUUCGAGUAGACACGGAGGAGGAGGUUGGCAAUGCCAGGGCAGUGCUGAUGGAAGCGGUCCGCUGCCGUGCCAAAGCUAUCGAAGAGAGACUGGGAUCAGAGCAUUUUGAAACCCUCAAGGCAUCAAGCCGGUUGGCCAACGUGCUGACGGCGCGCGGUGACUAUGCCAAGGCGGAGCCGCUGUGCCGGCGAGUCCUGGCGAAUUACGAAACGGCGACCCUCAGAGAGGUGCAGAAACUGAUGGAGACGAUGUAUUACGCAGGGGACCUGGCGGAGGCUGAGACUUUGUGCAGAAGAGCUGUGACUGAACGCGAAAGGGUGCUGGGAGAGAUGCAUGCGGAGACCCUACUGUCGGUGAACGAUCUCGGGUUAGUCUUGUGGCAGCAGGGGAAACUGAAAGAGGCUGAGCUGUUUUCCAGGAGAGGUUUGGAGGGACGUGAGACGCUGCUAGGGGCUAUGCAUCCGGACACAUUGGAGUCAGCCAACAAUCUUGCGUUGGUGCUGGCGGAUCAGGGCAAGCUCGAAGAGGCCGAAGGCCUUAAAAGAAGGGCUUUGGCAGGCUUUGAAGCUCAACUGGGAGCUAAUCAUCCGGACACAUUGAUGUCCGUUAACAACCUUGCGGGGUUGCUGAAGAAGCAGGGCAAGCUCCAAGACGCCGAAGGCCUUUUCCGAAGGGCUUUAGCAGGCAGUGAAGCUCAGCUUGGAGCCCGUCAUCCGAGCACUCUGACGACCGUCUUCAAUCUCGCCGGCCUUUUGGAGGCGAAGGGCGGCCACGCCGAGGUGGAAGAGCUCCUUCUUAGAGCUUUGAAUGGUUACGAGGAGCUGCAUGGCCCUGAGCACCAAACGACCCAAAUUGUCCGCAGUCACCUGGAGCGCUUCCGCAGAGAACAUUCCACCGGUUGA